GUAGCCCAGAGUCACCAGUCCCGCCCCCGUCCAAUCAGAGAAAAGGGAGUGGCUUGCGAGUCUAGGUAAUAACGUCACGGAAGUGUAGUCGUAUUCAGAGUCAGAUUCUGACGUUGAAGACAAUGGUCAUUGGUCAGCGAUACAAGAGACAGACUAUUUAUACUCUGGCAAGCUACAUUACAUUUGCAUGGUACUGCAUUUUCAUUCACAAGGCUUUUCAGUGUGAGUUGAUGGUACAAGCUUUCUCCUCGAUUCCUGCUACCAUGGAAAAUGGAAAAACUAGGAGGGCAGUAUAUGUAGUUUGUCCAUUUUCGAAUACAAGGAUUGUAUACAAAUAGUUAAUGGAUGUUGUCAUGUUGAGUUUCCUAAUCAUCCUCAAAGGUCACGAAGACAACCCUGUGGUAAGAAAAGAACUGUUUUAACACCAAUAAAAGUAUAUCCAUACCGGUCGCUUAAAACAAGCACCUCGGCCAAGCUUUGUCAUUCCAGAUGAUUUUCUUAUGAUGGCAACAAUUUUCGAGUGCUGAGUACAAUAAAUUUUUGAACAAUCCUCACUGAACAAUCCUCACUCUUAUCUUUUGACUUUAAACAUAGACUGGUUUCAGCCAUUCAAACGAACUGUGCACUCCACUGGUGCCAUGUACAUGACAAUCCAGAACUUGCGUAGAAAUGAGAGCAGGAAAACGUUAUAUCUUAACAUUCUUAACAUUAAUCACUCCACUCCACUUGUAGAAGAGCUACAGGAAUUCUGGUCUGGGCACAUUGUUCGUAGUAUCAUGGACACUAUCAUGCGUGGCAUGUGACAUACCAGCAAGUCGUAUGCAAAACUUGGAUGCAACAAAUGCACACUGACUACUCCGGGUUUGAUCAAGAGACAUGGCAUGUUCGUAGCAACAUAUCAAAUCCCUCUGCUAAGCAAAGAACGGCAUGGUGUACGAUAUUCCGUACUUCGCCCUACUUCGAUCCUAUAUCUUACACGGUUGUUGAUCCAACCUAUUUCUUGGAACUGGGAAGCGUAUGUUCAAAGUAUGUUCAAAGUAUGGAUUGCUGAGUAAUGCACAUCUCGCACAAAUUGAAAGUAAAAUUAGCAAAUUCCGUACGCCAAUUAACGUUGGAAGAGUUCCAGCAAAUAUAGCAAGUGGCAAAUCUGGAUAACUCUAUUUUCACCCGUGGCCAUCACCCGUGGCCAUUUACGAUUGUUGGAUGUAUGAAUGCAAUGAUGUAUGAAUGCAAUAUUAACUGAUUUACACUAUCACCUCUCGUGAUCUCUGUUAUGUUUGUUCUACUUCAUGUGCUCUUGUGCAAUCUACAUGUAUCAGUGGAAUGUUCUAGAAAUCUCCCCAUGCUCUAUUUUUUAGUGUCAUUUUUGUUGGUCCAUGGUAAAAAUCGUACGAGUAUUAAGUUGAAUCAAAUCUGAUCUGUGAGCCUAUAGCUAGUAUAGACUAGGUUACAUUAAUUGCCUAGGCUACUGGCUAACUAUAGAACUGUCUAUCUAAGAAAGAAGUCAACAUAUUUUGGUCCUUCGAGCCGGAUACUGUAACUGCAAGUCUACUCAACUGGUUCUAUCUUGGAUUGAUUGUCGAUUUACGUUCUAUCGUCACUGUGCACAAUCGAUUUAAUACCAUUUGCCAUUGGGCACGAUUGAACGAUACGAUUACCGAUUGACUUUCGAUACGGUACUCGUUAACUGCCACUGUCGUUAACUGCCACUGGGCACGAUUGAACAAUCGACUGUCGAUAUAACUGUCGCGAUACUCGCUAACCUCCUCAAAGUUAACCUCCUCAAAGUUACCAUGAGCAAAUCAGAUCAACCAACACUCUCUACUCUCCGCAAACGAAGAGGUAUCACAAGGGCCUCUAUCACUCGUUUGAAUACUAAGUUGAAAGACCUUGAAACCAUGGUCCACGAACCUACAAGCUCAAGCCUUGCCCAACGGAUGGCUCAAAGGCUAGAUGCAGAAUUUAAGAAACAUCAUUAUGCGCUGAUCGAUGCUAUUGAUGAAACUGAGGCAGAAGUGCUUGAUCGACACGAUGACGACAUGAUUAACCUUGCAAUGAAAAUUGAACAAAUAAUUACAAUUUGCAAUUUGUCUGGUGCAAAAAUGGUUGCUUUACGCAGGGUAACACGCCUUAGGGUAACACGCCUUAGAACAAAUCUCUCAACAGUGGAUUCUGAGAUCAGUAGACUGACAACUGAGUCAGCCGAACUCCACCUGCUACAUCAAUACCAAGAACAUAUCUCAGAUUGCAAGAAGGAACUUGGAGAAAUCCGAGAUGAACUUGAAACUUCCACCAACUCUUUGGAAAGGGAAGUCUUCGAUUGCAGUCUGCAACUCAAGAAACUCAUUCUCACCCCAGCCACUCCUCCAUCCCUCCAUCUAUGGACUUUACCACCACAGCUUCAAGGGGAGUCAGAUUUCCUAAGAUUGAUGUUCCCACCUUUGAUGGUAAUCUCCUAAAUUGGCGAACUUUCUGGGAACAAUUUAGCAUUUCUAUUCACGACCGUUCCAGUCUCUCUGACACAGAAAAAUUAGUUUACCUCAGACAAUCACUCGAGGACGGCACGGCAAAGAAAGUAAUCGAGGGUCUGUCCCAAUCUGGAGAUCAGUACACUGAAGCAAUUGAUGAUCGUCCCAGAAUAAUCCACCAGACUCACGUCAAGAAGAUUAUCGAAAUUUCCUCACUGAAAGAAGGCUCUGGGAAGGAACUUCGCUAUUUACCUGACACUGCACAGCAGCACCUUAGGAGCCAUGGGUCAGGAACUUUCUGGAUCUUUCAUCACUUCUAUGUUAGAACUGAAGCUAGAUCAGAACACCAUGUUCGAGUGGCAGAAGCACAGCCAGGAAUCCACAGAAAUACCUCACUACUCUGAAUCCGAAACGAAAAAGGUUACUCGUAGUGAGAUAUCCACCUGGCAAGUCCAUAACCUCAUUUGCUGCAUACGCUACUGAUGUUAACUGUACUCUUUGCAAGAAUGAAAAGCACCCUCUCUACGUAUGUACUCGCUUCAAAUCUCUUCCUCGAGACAAAAUGGUGUCCCUUAUUAAGACGAGUGAACUCUGUCUUCGCCCAGGACAUUUCUCCAGGCAGUGUCCCAGUUUGAACAGAUGCAAGAAAUGUCAAAAACCUCAUCAUACACUUAUUCACAGUCAGAACAAAGAAGAUAAUUUGAGUCAAUCAGAUAAGGGCUCCCAAUCCACAGCUGAGACCAGCAAUACGGCAGCUGGGAUCGUUUUCAACUCUCUACUGAUGACAUACUGAUGACAUGUCAAGUCUUCAUCAAGGCUCCUGAUGGUUCCUUUGUUAAGGCUCGUGCAUUGCUUGAUUCGGCUUCGUCCACAUCUCCGAGCGUAUAACCCAAAAGCCUAUGUUUGCCCUGUUUGCCCCGUUCCCGUCACAAUAUUCGUAUCUCUGGUAUCGCUGGACUCUCGCAUCAAUCUCCGUUGCAGACUGUCGCUACACUCAAUGUGUCUUCCAUCCAUACCACGUAUAUCUGUGUCAGCUGUUGUUGUUCCAAAUGUGACUUGCGAUCUACCAAUUCAACCAGUACAAUUCAAUUCCCAAUGGACUCACCUCGAUGACGUCAAGCUGGCUGACCCAGACUUUGGGCAGCCUGGAAGAAUUGAUGUACUACUUGGAAUUGAUGUCUACACUGAUGCGAUGCUGGACCUCCUGCAUCACCAGCCGCCAUAUUUGGUUGGGUUUUAAUUGACUCACAUGCCUCCACUCAUGUCAUUUCAGGCGACGACUUACUCAGACAAAUUGAGGAAAACCCCAAGGAUUCAUCGGAUGAGCGUUCUGUAAUCUCACACUCGUUCUGAAGAAGGACGAUUCAUUGUACCUUUACCUAAAUCCAAACCACUUGGAGAAUCAAGAUCUCAGGCUGUGAGACGGUUUCUAUCACUGGAAAAAUCACUGUGCUCAAAGGGUCAAUCUUCUCCGAUGUCAUGGAAGAAUACUUUGAGAUGGAACACGCAGAGCCGGUUCCUCUAAUCGAGCUCCAGAAAUCUCCUGAAGAAGUGUUUUACCUGAAAACCUACCCAUGCACGCGGUCAGAAAGGAGCAUAGCACCACUACCAAAAUCAGAGCUGUGUUUAAUGCUUCAGCUAAAUCUGCAAGCGGUGUCUCGAUAUUUUACUUGUCGGACCAACUGUCCACUCUACUCUUAUCGAUGUCCUCCUGAGAUUCAGAUUUCAUCGCGUGGCCCUAACUGCUGACAUAAGUAAAAUGUAUCGUGCGAUAGAGCUAAUCCCCCCUGACCGUGAUCUUCACAGAUUCGUUUGGAGAAAGACGUUUAACCGAUUAUACGCUAAUGACGCCUUGCGGCGUCACGCUACUAAGCCGCGGUUGACGCCAAUUGGCGUCAGCUGCAGCAAUCUGGCUUCUUACUUCUCCAACGUGGGGCUGCUUCCAGUUUAGUGCUACUACUGCCUACAGUUGCUGUUGAGGUAUGUAUCUAUGCAGUAAAAGUUUGAUACUGUGCAGAAAAUAUUUUUGCAAUAAGCGCUUGAAUAUGCAGUUGCUUUACAAAUUAAAAUAUAAACAUUAGCAAAACAAACACUUUGAAAAAAAUUUCAUAGAGCUAAGAGAAUAACUAAGAGGCCACACUGGACUACUGAAGAGGUGCUGCAACAGAUUCUUGACAAUGAGGAAUCUGCAGAGAGAAGAAGACCCAGUAGCUGAGGAUGAAGUAGAUAGAGAUGAGCCAGUUAUGGACGGCAGUGAUGAAGACUUUUCUGACUGGGAAGACUUGGAAGAGGCUGAAGGUAUAAUUAUUAUACUCACAGACAAAUAACAAUGCACGAAAUAAAUAAAAAUUUAUUAUCAACAUUGCAGAUCUGGAUAUGACAGCUCAGCACCGCCGGGACAGUAGUUUGACAUCAGAUCCUGUGCAAGGCCAAGGAAGAGAAGAAGGUUUAGAAAUAAUUAUUUAUAAUUGUACAGACCAACGAUGGCAUUCCAAUAAUUAAAAACAAUAAUACUACAUCAUUGAUUAGUAACAACAACAAAAUUAUUUCCUAGGUGACACCAGCGGCGGCAACAGUAGCGGCAGCAGUAACAGUAGCGGCAGCAAUCCACCACAAGGUACUUAAAAUCAUUAAUUUAAUUUUAGCUAUGAUAAAAAGGUAACACACAUAGACUCAGAGGAGUGGAAAGACGAACUCCAUCAACUGAACAUUGAACCGUUCCAAUCACCUACUGUAACGAUACCCGACAAGCCAGAAGACGUGUUUCAGAUGUAUUUUGAUAUAAUUAUGUUUACAGGAAACAAUAAUAGGUGAGAGCAACAAGUACGCCAAGCUUGUCAUGGGAGAGGAGGCGUACCAGAAGUGGAGUCCAAUUACUGUCGAUGAGCUGCGGCCUUUUUUGGAUUCGCCAUCCUCAUGGGACUCAACCACCUCGAUAUGCACCACCUCGAUAUGCUCCGAUUGCCGACAAAAUCUCCAGGCAACGAUUUCGAGACAUCUCCCGGUACCUGCACUUCGUACACAACGACCAUCUUGCUCCACGAGGUGACCCCUCGUACGAUCGGUUAGGGAAGGUCCGCCCCCUCAUUGAUCACCUGGGAGAGAAGUUUGAGAAGGUUUACGGCAGUGGACGAGGCUAUGAUCAAGUUUCAGGGGCGGUCUUCCCUCAAGCAAUAUAUGGCUAUGAAGCCGAUCAAACGGGGAAUAAAAGUGUGGGAUAGCUGUAACGGAUAUUUUUCUAAGUUUGAUUUGAAGUAUACACAGGUAAACAACAAGACAGACACGUUGGACUGGGAGAGUACGUAGUCAAGACACUCACCAUGGGGUUAGAGAAGAAGAAUCACCAUAUCUUCUGCGACAACUUUUUCACCAGCGUGAAACUUUUCGAGGAUUUAGAGAAAGAUGGCAUUCAUGGUUGUGGAACGGUUCGGAGAGACAGGAAAGGUUUACCGCUUGAACUGUGUAUGUAUGUGUGUGGGCGUACGUGUGUGCUUGUGUAUGUAUGCGUGUGUGUGGGUGUAUGGGCUAACCACAUGUAUUCCAUUUUUGACAGAGGCGAAUGCAAGAUCAUGCAAAAGGGACCACUAGUCGGCAGUGCUUGGCGUGACAACAGAGUAGUCACAGCCCUCUCCACCACAUCACAACCAAUAGCCACAGACACAGUCCUUAGACGCCAAAAGGACCGCUCAAGAAUCCCUGUAACCUGCCCAGAAAGUAUUAUUAAAAGUAUUAUUAUUUAUAAUAAGCACAUAGGAGGAGGGGACCAGCUACGUGGCUACUAUAGCUGUCGAAUCAAGAGUAGGAAGUUUUACAAGUAUGUAUACUAUUUCCUGUUCGACGUUGCUAUUACUAACUCCUACAUACUACACAAGAACUUCACCUCAAACACCAUUCGAAAUGUAAAGCAGUUUCGCCUCCAGCUUGCUAAAGAAUUGAUUGGGACAUACCGCUCAAGAAAAACGUCAGGCCGUGUUCCACGCACAUUCGCUCUGCAGCACUUUCCUCUCAAAGGAUGCCUGCAACCAUCUGCAAAACGAAGCAAACGCGGAAGGUGUGAGUACUGCUCACAAAAACUUCACAAGAGGAGCGACAACUCCUGGAUGUGUCAAGAGUGUGGUGUGUGGCUCUGCCACGAUGGCAACCACGUAACUGACUGUUUUUACUUGUGGCACAAGUCCCUGUGAUAUUAUUAUCCCUGUGAUAUUAUUAUUAUACCAA